GAGGGCGGAGAGAGGGGCGGGGCUGACCAAGGGGAGGGGGCGUGGCCGAGCCGUUAGGUGGCCGGGUGCCUUCCGCUCCUCUGCUCUGAUAAAGGUCAGGAGUCUGAGCAGCGAUGGAGAUCGGGGGAUUGCCUGUGGAGAUCAUCACGUACAUCUUGAGCUUCCUGCCUCUCUCCGACAGGAAAGAGGCCUCUCUGGUGAACCAAACCUGGUACUUUGCAGCCCAAGACUCCCUACGGCAGGAGAGCAUCUCCUACAAUAUCCCGGCAACAUCUACCUCGCUCAAGACCAUCCAGGGCCUGGCCCGGAGGCACGUUUGCCACGUCAAGAUGGUGACCCUGGACGGCUCUGCCACUUCCCGGGAGAUCAUCAAGGCUGUCGCCAACUCCUUGGGGCCCCACCUGCGCAGCCUGAGGCUGCACGGGAGCAGCCUGACGGAAACCUGCUUUGAGGAGCUGGUCUUCGCCUGCCCCUGCCUGACGGCCUUGGACCUGGGCGGCUGCAACAGCCUCUUCAUGUCCGGGACGCUGCUCUCCAAAGCCGAGACCUCCCUGCGAGCGAAGCAAGCGCUGGCCAACCUGCAGGAGCUGAACCUGUCGGGCGUGCGCUACUUGUCCGACCUCACCUUCAACCGCCUGACCGGCUGUGCCCCGCGCCUGGCCAAGCUCUCCCUCGCCCGCUGCCACCUGACCUUUGAGUUUGACACCUACAACGGCUCCAGUGACUACAACUCCUCGGUCCUGCUCUCCUUCCGUAACCUCCUGCGGUUCCUCCGGGAGCGGGCUGGCAGCAUGAAGUCUCUGGACCUGAGUGGCACCAACAUCUCCAGCCAGACCAUGCGGGCCCUCGUGCAGGUGGAGCACCUGUGCCUGCAGGAGAUGGUGCUGCAGAGCUGCCGAGACCUCUCCAACGAGGCCGUCGGCUUCUUGUGUCAGCACCAGCCCCACUUGACCUCUCUGGACCUGAGUGGCUGCUCAGAGCUCUCUGACCGGGCUGUCCUUGCCGUCGGCUCCCGGCUCCCUGGGCUCCGAGGUCUGCGCCUGGGGAAGCUCCCACGGGUCACAGACACCGGCUUCCAGGGCUUUUCACACCUGAGGCGUCUGCAGAGCCUGGACGUGUCCGAAUGCAGCCUGGUGAGCUGCAGUGAGCUGGUGAAAGCGUUCAGUGCUGUUGAGGGGCAGCCCAAAUUAGUCUCCCUGAAUGUCGCCUUCUGCUCUUUACUACAAGACAGCUCUGUCCUCUCGCUGGCCAGAGCCCUGAGCAGGAGUCUUCAGGUUCUGGAUCUCUCCUCCUGCGUGUCCAUCACCAACAGGAGCAUCCAAGCAAUUGCGUCCCACCUUCUGCACUUGACUGUCCUGCGUUUGGCCUGGUGCAAGGAAUUGACGGAUUGGGGCCUGCUGGGAGUUGAGGAGCCCAAAGAGGAGCAUGAACAUGCCGGAGAGAAGGAUGCUGGCCCGAAGUUCAGCAGGAACUUUGGGAACAUGGGGUUCUUCCUGCCACCUCCACAGGACCUGGAGCAGGACACUCGCAUCCUCUUGGACCUCACCAAGCAGAACGCUCGGCAGAAGCACCGCGCCUCCUUGAGUGCCCUGACCCACCUGCAAGAGCUGGACCUGACAGCCUGCGGGAAGCUGACGGAUGUGAGCAUCGCCAAGGUCAUCAGCUUUCCUGAUCUCCGCCACCUGUCCCUCAGCCUCAUGCCCAACAUCACAGACACUAGCCUUAUUGCCGUUGCCCAGAACUGCCAGAGUUUGGAGUAUCUCGCACUGAGUCACUGCAUGAACCUGACCGACAAAGGCUUUGCGGAGGCAGCCUGCUCCCUGCCCAGGCUUCAGCAUCUCAUCCUUUCUGGCUGCAACCAGCUGACGCCCCAGACGCUGAAGGCCAUCAGCCAGGCGUGUCGGCAGCUGAAGUGCUUGGACGUCUCCAUGUGCAGUGGGAUUAGCAUGCAGGAUGUUAAACUUUUCCAGUCACACCUCCCGCCACAGACUAAUAUCCAGUCACGGUUUGUGGGGGGUGCAGACCUUUCCAUCACGCUCUGAAGCAGGCUCGAUAAGCCACGGGCCCAGAGAGAUCCACGGGCAACCUGGCGCUACCCCCAUCACAGGGCGAGGAAAGAGGGUUGCCAUGGCAAGUAGCUUCCUGUUUUUUAGUUGCAUUGCCGCCCAGCUCCAGUUGCCCAGGGAUAAUGCUGCAAGAAGGAAGAGGGGACCAGAGCAGGCCACGGUACUCGAGUUCAACACAGAGGUACCACUGCCAACAGGCGAGGCACACCAAUGCCCUGUCCUUGCCGCAGAGGAUGCUCUCCUCUCCCAAGCCUGCCUGCUGCUCCAUCGCUCCAGCCUCUGCAAGCGAAGUGGCCCCAGAAGAGGUUAUCUGCAGUUGGGUAGACUCUGUAAUGGUAGGAACAGCAGCCCAAGUGUAGCUGCCAAUAAUGCAAUGUUUUCUGGCAUGCCCAGCAACAAGCAAUUCCUCCAAGCCCAGCACUCAGAUUCUGUGGCCACCCGAGGACUGGGUCCCUCCCUGUCCUCCAGAAUACCGCUGCCACUCUUCAGAGGCGCCUGCAGCACUCUAGGAAGGCCGUCUUGCUCUCUGAUGCCACAGUUAUCCAUAGCCCGUUCAGGCAGCAAAGGAGAGGGGUUUCUGGAACUUAAGGAAUCUAAACUCCUUUCUGCAAAGUGUAUCCAGAGAUGCUGCCAGCCUUCCCUCAUCUUUUCUAAGGCUGUAGCAUGCUUCUGCACUGGGGUUUUCACCCUCCCAAAGCAAUUGCACUAAUAAAGGACUCUGGGAAA